ACUUGCUCGCCGUAUGCUUAACAACGUAUGCCACUGUUACACCGGCUAUACCGUAAAUUCGUAAUUAUACAUUAUUGAAUAGUUCACAUUUUAAAAAACGUCGAGAUAUAAUAUUACCAUGCAUUUUGUAAGUCAAUAGUGUUAAUUGCUUCUGAUUAUCGAUUUUUGCCUGCCGUAUGCAUAUUUUUGAUUGCGUUUAUCCUCAACGGUCUAAUUUUUGUUCUUUUGCCACAAGAUUGUCGGUGAAUUUAAUUAAUUGAUGGAAAAAUCUGGUGUAUGCUGAGCGAAAUAUGGAACUGGUAACCGAGCAUAGGCAAAUGGGAGACAGCGAAAAGGUCAUGGUCUACCUUUCGCGAAAUCCCGGAACAAACUCGUCCUGCAUGCAAUGGAAAUUUGACUUUACUGACACAGGUUUAAGCAUUGACCGGCUCAAUAUUCGAUUUUACUACGUCACGUCCGAAGAUGGCCAUGUAAAAGCGUAUCUGAAACCCGAUUUUCGAGGAGAGGUGGACCCACCUGAAGAUCCGCCCGAAAGGAUUGUUUUAUGGUCCAUUCCCACUAUGCGGUCUAUUCCGGAAGCACAAGGUUGGAGAAAAUUCAGUCUUAUUGUGGAAAUGGGAUGCAAACGGAGUCCUUGUGUUUUUCACCACACGCAGCUUUUUCUGCAGCAGCAGUCUGGUGGCUUCUUUGAAAAAGAAGAAAAAAAGUACCCUUUCAAAAUUGAAAUUGUUUUUGCGUAAUCUUCUCCGGGAAACGUCUUUGGCGAAUUCAUUGGAUUUAUAUUCCGAAAUUACUAGAAUAGUUAUUUUGAUUUCCGUGCUUUACCUGGCCAUUGCUAACAAUGCUGAAAUUUGUACUUUGAAUUAUUCCAGUCAUAUUUUCUCCUUUUGCGGAAGCGUGCGUUAGU